UAGAAUAUAAACACAAACCUUGCAAAUUGUCACUCACACAUACAGCACAGAAGAAAGGAACGUCAUAAUUAUUCUAUUGCCUACAUUAAUUGCAAUACACAUUCUAAUAGUAAAAGGAGGGUCAAGAAUUAGCUACAGGGAGACACAUACGCAAGAGACAGUGAUUUAGCUGGGCCUCGUAUCCCAAAAUAUGGGCAGAAAAAGCAUCAUGAGGAGAGAUAUAUUUCAUGGCAUAUCAGUGUUCCUCCUCGUUCUCAUUGGCCACUUCUGCUUUGCACAUGAAGAAAAGAAAGCCUGCUAUGGUACAAACAACCGCUUCAAUCAGCUGGGAUCAGUAGACGAACACUACAGCCUACUUCAACGCUUGUUCAAUAAUUGUGAAGUUGUACAUGGAAAUUUGGAGAUAGCCAAUCUACAACCAAAUCACAACACAGACUUUUUAAAGAGCAUACGAGAAGUGGAUGGUUAUGUUCUUAUAGGAAUCAACUCUGCAAAGACUAUUCUACUAGAGAAUCUUGAGAUUAUUCGUGGAAACACUUUAUACAAAAACAAAUAUGCACUUGUUAUUGUGUCUAACAAUGAUCAGUAUAACAGCUUGGAGGAACUGCCCCUGAGUCACUUAACAGAAAUUCUUAAAGGAGGAGUUUUAAUCGGUAGAAAUAAAAAAUUAUGCAACAUUAAUACAAUCCAAUGGAAGGACAUUGUGAACAGCAACUAUUUGAACUCAAUAACAUUGGAAACCAACAGUUCUGAAUGUACAGAUACAGUAUGUGACGCAUCCUGCAAUGGAUCAUGUUGGGGACCUGGCCCAGAAAACUGCCAAUCAUUUACAAAACUCAUUUGUGCGCCACAUUGUCCAGGCCGGUGCCGAGGACCAUCUCCCAGUGAGUGCUGUCACAGCGAGUGUGCAUCUGGUUGUGCAGGACCUACAGAAAGAGAUUGCUUGCAUUGCAGAAACUUUCGUGAUGGUGAUGUUUGUAAAGAUUCCUGUCCUCCACUACAAAAGUAUAACACAUUUACCUUUCAAUUAGAGCAUAACCCUGCUGGGAAGUACAGUUUCGGAACAACUUGUGUUAAAAAAUGUCCUUAUAACUAUGCUGUUAUAGAUUCUGGAUCAUGUGUGCGCGCAUGUGCUCCAGAUUCUGAAGAAGUUGAUGAAAAUGGUGUACGGAAAUGUAGAAAAUGUGAUGGACCAUGUAGAAAAGAUAAAGUUUGUGAUGGAAUAGGAACUGGAAUGUUGAGAAAUGUUUUAUCCUUAAAUGCUUCAAACAUUGACAUGUUUAAAAACUGUACAAAGAUUAAUGGAGAUCUGAGAAUUCUAAUUGUAGCAGGAGAUGGUGAUGCAUACACAAAAACUGCUGUAUUGGACCCUGAAAAACUGCUGAUCUUUGAAACACUUAGAGAAAUCACAGGUUACUUAAUGAUUCAAUGGUGGCCACAGAAUUACAGUAGUUUGAAAGCCUUUGAAAAUCUUGAAAUAAUUAGAGGACGGACAAAGGAAGGAGAUUACAGUCUGGUUAUAAAUAGCGAUUACCUGAAGUCACUGGGAUUGCGAUCACUCAAAGAAUUGAGUGACGGUAAUGUUUACAUUAAAGGAAACAAUUCCCUUUGCUUUGCUGAUACUCUCAACUGGAAAAACCUCUUCAGAGAAAACCAAGAAGUGAAAAUUAAAAACCUCAAAAGUCCAGAAGAAUGUGCUGCAGAAGGAAACGUUUGUGAUGAAUUAUGUACCAAUGAGGGAUGCUGGGGACCUGGACCUUCUCAAUGCUUCACCUGCAAGUUUUCUAGUCGUGGAAAAGAAUGUGUAAAGACCUGCAACAUUCUUACAGGAGAGCCGUCAGAAUAUGACAUUGAUGGUAAAUGCUAUUCCUGUCACCCUGAAUGCCUGCCUCGGAAUGACAAUAUCACUUGCACAGGGCCGGGCCCAGAUGAUUGUAUGAGGUGUCUCAACUAUAAAGAUGGACCAUAUUGUGUGCAGAAAUGUCCCGCUGGAUACAAGGGGGAUAAUGACAGAAUGAUCUGGAAGUAUCCUGAUGAAGAUAACAAGUGUCAGCUGUGCCAUCCUGAGUGCAAAUUAGGAUGCACAGGACCAGGCAUUGAAGGUUGUAUUCCUUGUGAUUAAUCCGACUUAACCCUAAGAUGCUAUAUCAAUACCAAAAAUAUAUCAAUAUCAAUCAACAUUACUAAUAUCUACUUGGCUUUAUAAUACGUUAUGAAUAUAUAAGAGUGGAAUGGAGACUGUGUUGCAUAGCCUUACUAAUGUUUAGAACUUGGAAAAAAUAUAUCUAGUUACUGAGUGAGUUAGAUCAAAUAACAUUGCCUUUACUUUUCCAUUACAAGGGCAACAGAGUUAAUAUUACAGGUCAUAUAAUUUCACUAAUUUUGUGCUGUUUUACAAUUCUGUGAAAAUUGUACUAAAUAAAGUUUAUUGGAAUUAA